AUGAUAGACAACGCCGAUUGUGACGAUUUUGAUUGGGGAACCAAAGUGUUUGAGUUCACGAUGCACCAUCUGAAGAAAUCCACCCAAUAUCGAAAACAGAUCCACAAAGCCGGGAAACCAGUGACUGGUGGCUACCUCUACAGGUGCUACGGGUUUAUCCUUGCACUCCAACUUUGGUUUUACGAGGUUUGCACCUCUGCAGAUGGUGUCAUUUGCACAUGCCUAAGCGAAAAUGACAUGCCCAGAAUGCUCAAAUGGGAAGUACGUGGUAGUCACAACUGUGCCUUCAUGCAAAGAAUAUUUUCAAAUUUGGAUUCCAGCAAGUUCAAGAACGUGAUACCCACCGACGAAGAGAAACACACGUUGUUUAUCAAUGAUUUUUUCAAGAGCAAGAAUGAGUUUAAUCGUGAUGAAAUCCCGACAACCGACCACCAUCAGCAGAAAAGUGAAGCAGACGUCAUAAAACGUCUUGACAGACUUACCCAUGAGGUUGAAACUCUGAAGCAAAUUUUCCUUGACUUUUCCAACCGGGUAUUUGCAGAAUUUGCCUUAUUCAAGGAAAAGUUCAAUAUUCUUGAGCAGUCUGCACCAGUUAGCGGCGAUAUGUUUGAUCAAGUUGACGUAUUUUCUCCCCUCAACACGCAAUUUUUUGAGGAGGUUGAUCGAAGUACGGAGGAAAAAUUGAGGAAUGCAUCAAAAAGCAAAGAACCGGAUCUUGCACUCCCCAAAGUUGAUAUCCCGAUGGUUGCAGAUGAUGGAAAGGCAUUGAUUAGUUCUCAGCCGUCCUUUGAUUUAGGUCUCACACCCAUAGACCCAUCAAAACUGAACAACAAACCACCACAGGAAAAUCCAAUGGAUAUCAUAACAAAAGUUGUGCAUGAGAUGGAAACUGGAGAACUUGGAAAGACAAUCGAAAUACAACCUUCUUGCUACGACGUUGUCCUCGUACCUAACCCACCAACCAUGCAGAUUGGGACAUCAAAGACAAUAGAAAAACCCAAGAAACGCCGUUGUGUGAGGAAAGGAAUUCCGCGAACAAAAUCGUGUCCGUUUGACGUUGAUUUCUGGGAAAAACCUGAGCGGACAAGCGAUUUUAUAAAGUGGUAUCUGACUGGUAUGCUCAAGACAGCACUCAAGUUUAAAGACGGGUAUAUUCGCUACGGUGUGAGAUCCAAAGUUCUGAAACCACCGUUUGAUUUUAAUGUUGCCAUGAUAUGUGAUAAAAAUUGGUUUUGCACCAUGUACGAGUCAGGAUGCUUCCUUGAUAGCAGCCACAUGGAUGUCUUGUUCUACUACCUGAGGAAGAUUGGUGUGCAUGGUACUAGUGCUGAGGUUAGGUACACGACGACUGAUGUGAUGUUUGACCAACACAUCAAGUCGUUAUAUGCUAUAUACCUGUCACAGUCCUGCAAUACUACUCUAUGCAGUGUUCAUGAUAUUAUCACUGACUACAUUAUGGGUUAUAGACUUAUAUGUGGAAAGUCAUGGUUUGAUGUUGAUCACAUCUUGUUUCCGAUGCACGUAGAAGUCAGUGGUAUUGGUCAUUGGAUACUGGGUAUAUUGACAUUCAGCAAUAUGAAAUUUUGGGUUUAUAACUCGUACCGGUCAGUUGAAGUUGAUGAGAUUAUUCUAGAAAGUGUGCAGGCGUAUGUUAGAUUGCUUCCAAUUUUCCUUGUCUUGGUGAAUUUUUACGGAAAAAGGACUGAUGUCAAUACUGAUGCUGGGGGUCGCAUACCAACAGAUGUUAACAGUCCAUUCGAGGUUUUGAUGGCUGCCAACAUCCCACAGCAAGCGGAGAGCGAUUGUGGUAUUUUCGUUGCAUCUUACGCUGAGCACUUCAUAACCAAUGUUGACAUAACUACGAAGAAGUUUAAUGUUGAUAUCGAGAGACAAAGGUACACUUAUUUGUUGUACACACACGGUAGAACGAAGCAGAUCAAUGGUUAUGAAAGUGAUGAUGACCCGCCCGGAUCAAUGCCCGAUGACGUCCGUUUUAGUCUAUUAGCUUGA